CGGAAAUCGCGAUGACUUGUGUUUUCUUCAGAGUCUACGAAGAGGCAGUCUCAAGCAAGAAGUUCGACGUAGGGAAAGCCAUCAGUCCUGAAGUUGAGACCUUGACACAUGAACACUUUCUUGAAGCGGUUAAAAUUCUGAAGCAGGAUCCCCGAGCAAGCAGGAGAAAAGUAGUGGCAGAAUUGCAGCAGCGUAUCAAACAUGGCCGCCCUACCGAAGAAGAAACGGAAAUCAGUAAGAUUCUAGGACUCGCCGUUCGAGUCUUGAUAAUGACUGAUUGCUACGCCCCUACGCAUCAUACGAUAAACUAUACUGUGGCAGGUUUCAAGCCCACAUCUUGGGGUGUAGGGGAGGAAUUCAUCGACUUUUUUUCAGCGCUCAAUCCCUGGCUGUCGCACCAUGGCACAGAAUCAAGGAAUCCCCAUAACUAGAGACAUGGAAGAGUCUCUGACGGCAUGGAAGCUGAGAAAAGGGCCAAACUCGAGAUUAGGGAAACAGACGACAUUACAAGACACUUCCUUUUUGACCACGAGAGAAACGUUCUUUUUAUCUUUCAUAAUGCAGGAUUUCUAUAGACGCACCUUACGAAGCAGGUGGAGGGCUGCGAUCUAUUGUGGAAAAGUGUAGAGGACAGUCUCAAGAGGUAAGAGUUCAAGUUCUAUGUAAACGUUGAGAUAUUCAGCCAAUAUGAUA